CCUAUAAGACUACUUGUAUUGAAUCUAAUGAACUAUCAAAUUUAUAGAUUUAAUGGUGCAUGAUGCCGGGGACACAUGAAUGGUUUUUUUGCCGGGCGAAGUGCAAAAUACACAGGAAGGCAGAGGGAAGGACACACUUCAGCCGGCCAGCGAAAAACCGGACCUGGCGAGAAAAUCAGCCGGAGGCACAGCAGGCUAUUCUCUACUUCGCAGGCCAGCUGUUUCGCCGGUUCACCGGCUGUUUCGCCGUCCGGCAGGUGAUGGUGAUUGGUUCCAUGGUGUUUAACGAGAUAGUGGUGGGACUUGCGGUGUUCUACCUGAGCGUCCUGAUGUGUGGCAUCGGUGUCCUGAUGGCGUGGCGUGGCUUCUCUCCCCUCCGCCAACUGCCCACCUUCCACUGGGUGUGCGCCGAGUUGGCGCCCCACAUAACUCUCACAG